UCUGAACCUGGUUCAGAGCGGCGUACGCAGGAGUGGGCACCAGCACAAGCCUUCUGAUCGUCGCCUGACUGCGAAAGAGAUUGAGGAUCUGUGUUUCUGCCGGUGCGGCGCAUCUCCGUCGUGGUGUCCUCUGCCCUCGUCGAGGGUGCUGCCGUCGCUCCUCGGUGUCUGCUGUCGUCCUUCUGCUGCGGUGAGCGGUGUUAUGGAGCCGUCUGUGAGUGUGCGGUUCGCUGGCGAUGGGGAAGGCGAUGCGCCGCUCGUCGUGAAGGAUGGCGUCAUACGCCAAUACAAAUAUAUGACUCAGGUACACACACGGCAGAGAUGACAGACACGCGACAUGGACACCAUGUGUGUCGUCUGUGUGUGGGUGCAGGUGAUGGACGGCGAGUUUCAGGAGGGCCAGGAGCGUCAGGUGUGUAUCGAGAAGAUCAGCCGGCCCAUCGGUGAGGUGGUGCUGCAGCAAGAGGUGGACAUCGUGGACUCGCUGACCAAGGACAAUUUGCUGGAUGCGUUGAUCGCUCUCGACUACGUGCACUUCGACACGGACCAGAUCUUCACGACCGGCAGCAACAAGAGCCUCCUGCGGCGAAUCCAUCGCAAGGUGAGCAAUGGGGAACAGAGAAACGAGGACGGUCAGCGGACUCUGUACACCACCUCUUUGUUGAUGCACCUUGUCGUGUGUCAGGUUGUGAUUGAGGGAUGGCUUGCCGACCACCAGCUGGCCAACAACUUGCUGGACAGCUUCGCCCGCUACCCAUUCAUCGCCCGAUUCGUCCACUGCCACCCCGACAUUUGCGCAGCGGUCCGUCCAUUCCUGCGCAAGAAGCCUGACGUCAUCGGCGAGCAGUGGCGGCGACGCGAGAGGGGCGAGGCCGAGAAUGACGCCGUCAAGGCAGCGGUGAGUCUGGUGGCCAGCCUGGGAGACGACAUUUCGUAUGAUGCAUUCGACGUGUCGCGUCAAGAACUGGCCCGACUCCUCACGAAUGCGACGGGCUCAACGACACUGUCGGCCGCAUGUGGUAGGGAACAACAGAGGACUAAACAGGAAGGGGCUGCCGUCACUCACUACUUGUCUGUGGUCGGUGUGCUGUUGCGCUGUCUAUCUCAGCGGCCAUUUUCGAGUCCGACGAAUUCUCGUCUUGUUCUACGGCGACGGUGCGGCCCUUUGCUGACGAGCGGGGGGGAUCUGUCGAAUGUAUGGGCUUCGCUAUCGAUGCGGUGGGUCUUCCCCCUCCCUACGCCCCCUAUGCAUCCGACGACUUGCCUGACAACGCCAUUUCCGACGGCGAUGCCAAGCUGACAGAGGUGGCGGGCUGGCACGUCAAGUUCGACCCACUCCUUGGAAGGCGAGCUGAGGGGGAGUCUUUCGUGUCAUGCUAUGCGCCUGAUGGCUGUCUGCAGGUGGCUUAUCCUCACGGCGAUUCCGAUGCCACACGCCCCGCGAUCCGGCUGCAUGACAGCCCGACGCUCAUGGACGACGACAAGAUCCGCAUGGGCGAGGAAGCGUCGGCUGGCGCCUCGGUCAGGUCGUUUGGCGCGAAGUUGAUGGGAGGGUGGUCCUGGCUGUGUGGCAACGGCCGCAUUAUUGGUGCCGAUGCGCUGGCGCAGCAGGGGCUGGGGGACAUCCGUCUCAAGGAUGUCGUGCUGCAGAUGACGGUUCGCCACUUCCCGCUGCGUGUACUGGCCCUGCACUAUGUGCGGAUGUGCGUCAUUGACCGCGACUAUGAGGAGAUCUCCAAAAUGGCCAAGUAAGGGAAAACACGACACAUCCAGCACUCUCGGUGUUCGCGUGAGCGGUGUUUCUGUCGUUGUAUGUCCGUCUGUGUGUGUGGUCGUUCCGGUUCGUGCAGGUCGAUGCAUCGUAAGGUCGCUGACUACGUGGUCUUCAACAUGGCUUUGGUGAAGCGUCAUCGCCUUCCACUGAUGCUGUAUUGGGCGGCGGGCAUCGAGGGCCUCUCUCGGCAUCGAGCUCAAGACAUCUCAUCCGCGCUGGAGUCUGACUUCUUUGACAUCAGCGAUGUGCCAGCAGUCCUUCCAGUGGUGCCCCUCCUGCCAUCAGCCAUUCAGACGGCCUUCAAAUUUUUUAAAACGAGCUCAAGGGGGCCGUGGAGGAUCAGGAUGACGACGAAGAGGCCUUUGACUACCUCUACAAGCAACUCAUCGACAGAGAGACAACACGCAAAAAGGUCAGUCGCACUACCCUCCCCAGCCAACUCCGCUGAUCUUUCCAUCCCAUGUGUCAGCCUCUCUAACGGUCUCACUGUCUGUGUCUACGUGGCUGUUGGUUGCACAGGAGGCGGCCGAUCGGCAUCGUCUGGAGGCCGACAAUGAGCGACUCAGAGAGGAAAUCGCCACACUCAAGAGCCAGGUACAGAAACCAGACACACAGAAGAGCCAGCCACUUUGAUCCUGAUGCGUGUGAUUCAUUCAGGGGAGCCGUUGCGCGGAUGGCGAGGGAGAGGAGGGAGAGGCAGGCCAGCAAGAACAGCCGCACUGAGCAGCCCCUGUGUGGGAGCAAUUGGGACGUGACUGCCUGACUAGCUGCCCGCUGAGUGACACGACACAGGAGUGGGUUUUGUGCCCACCCGUCCGUCCGUUAUCUCUAUGUCGCUGCGAGACCCAGUCAGUUUGGUAUCUGUGUAUAUACCUUUUUCUGUCUGUAUCGAUCCCUCCGCUGGCACAUGCGGUGGAUGACCGACCAAUAUGUCGAUACGUACGUGGCGCGCGGCUGUGCAUGCGCCGAUGGAUGGAUGGAUGGCUGGUGGUCUGAUCCCUUCUGACUGUGCCUGCCUGCCCGAUAGAUAAGGCACAGUCAGGGAUUUGGCACUCGCCCUCCCUCCAUCCUAUCCCCCUGCGACACUCUCUGUAUCUCGCCUAUGGCAUCGGAUGGAUGGAUGGCCGACAGUUUUGAGGACUCUCUCUCUCUCUCUUCUGCGUGUGUGAACGUUUGUGUGCAUACGAACGUCCUUCAUCUCAAUGGAAUGUCAGUC